ACAUUUGCUUUGAUCCAAAAUGUCUACAGGUUGCUGUGGUGUCUGCUGCCAUAAGCCUCGUUAUAAGCGACUGGUGGACGGUCUUUAUCCAGAAGACGUCCAGAAUGAAGACCCGCUUACCCAAGACCUGGACAAGCUCCUCUACCUGGCUAAAUCCGACCCACAGAGCUUGGACGAUGUUGGAGAAUAUUUGACACAAAAAUUGAGACGAGCCCUUUCUAGGGACAGAAGAGGUCAUGUGUGUGUUUCGCUGAAGAUAAUGGAUAAGUUACUCUUGGAAGUUAGACUGGAGCAUCUGAGAUUAUUGGCAGAGAGCUAUCUUAACAUGAUACACGAACUAUUAACGUCGAAUAGACACUUUUUCCAAAACUUAGCGGCCAAUUCAUUUGUAGCGUAUGCCGAAAGAGCUGAAGAGAGUCCGCCAUAUCAUCGUCAGUAUGACUUCUGUAUCGAGAGGUUUGCCGCCAUGAGUUUAUUGAAGAGAGAGGAAGAUGAAACCAUUUAUAAAGAUUCGAGACUGUGUGGUUUGAGAGCCCUCAGAGCUGUAGUACAGAAGAUAGGACCAGAGGGUAACAACCUCUGGGACUCUGACCAUCUAAACAAGAUUAUACCAGCCUAUCUCAUUAACAUGGAGGCCCAUACUCCUACCAGAAGCCUAGAGGAGGAGGCUGAGAGUGAUGCCAAUUGUGGGAUAUUGGCAGAAACAGGAGAGGCAGGACUUAAGGAAAUAGUAACCGUAGCUUCACUCACUCAUGCUAAUGCAAUACUGCACCCAGUGCUCUGUCAUUUCGAUCUUAAUUCUGUUUGGAUUAAUAAGAGCCAGUUUGCAACUGAUACGUUUGUAUUGAUAAUACAAACAAUGCAACCACAGGUCCGUUAUCUAGCGAUACAGUGCCUCCUGGCUCACUUGGACAGUAAAACAAGCACUGAAUAUCAACUGAAGAACGGAAUAUUGAACGUACUAUCAUCUUGUGUUGGAGUAGCCACUGAUGGAUCUAUUGGACCCUCUGUUCUUGAUGUUUUCAGAACCCUUGUCAAGCACUUGCGUAAAUCUAUCGAAGAAUCAACUAGCGUACAAGAUCAAGAGAAGAUAUUCUAUGAGACUACAGUGCGUAUAGUAGGAGAGUUUGCAUCAGUCCUGCCAGACUAUCACAAUCCUGAUAUACUCAACCUCAUAUUCUCUUAUAUGCCACUGGAAGGAGAUGGGAACAUUAGAGCACUGAGAGCAUGCAAUGAGAAAGAAGUGAAGUUGAUUUCGCUCCUUGUCCAGUGUCUCUGUGUUGUGGCUGAUUCUUCUCAUCCAACUGUCCUCGAGUCCACACUCCCUGAGAGUCUAUUGGUCUCCCUCUCUCAGCUGUUUGGUAUAGAGAGAGCAGACAUACAACUCAACGUGAUGCACCUCUGGCAUAAAAUGAUAGACCACAAUGAGAACAAGACCAAAGUCCCUUUUGACACGAAGUGGACGUCUAUUGGUGAACAUGGUUUAGUACUGGGUAAUGCCCCAUUAAGGUUUAGGCACUCGGCACGUAAAGUAGUCUUCCCUAAAUUACUAGAACUAGCUCACGGGCUCUUUGCAAGUACAGAGGAACACGUCAAAGCAUUUUACACUCUUCUCUUACUCUUCACGCUCGAGCUCACUCCUACUGGAAUAAAAGAGAUCUUAAUAUUGAUAGUCGAACUUGAGGACUUGGCAACUUCAAGUCAAACAGAGCUAGCUAUUAAGCACAUUAAUGCUAUACAUGCUUGUAUUGCUGGCUGUCUCCAUAUUGUAUCCAUUAUCAGCGAAGACGAGAAUUUAAAGAGUUAUAUUGGAAAGGUCAUUGAGUUGAGGAGGAAAUCUUAUAAGCAUCUUCUGCCAGAAGUGGCCCUGGGAGAGGAAGGGGCUGAGAGUUCAGAGGCUGGAUUCCAGUUAGCUGAUGAUGAUGAUGAUGAUGAUGAAGAUAAGAAGAAAGAUGACUCUCCUCCUUAUUUUAAUCUAAUAGAGAAAGGAUUUGUUUCUCAUCCUAAUGAAUUAGCAAGAAACUCAAGUACAUUACGGGGUGGGGAUUACAGUGCAUUUGCUGGUGAUCAUUCUCGCUCAUUUCGCUCCUACUCAUUAGACCACAGCCAAGAACAGGAAUCAGGGACUGUUAUUACUUUUGAAGACUUAAAGGAAGAAUCACUAGAUCCAUCUUCUGAGACUCCUCCUAGUACUACUAAUAAAACUGACCUCAUUCCGUCUUUUGAAGAAAUGAUUGGACAAGUCCAAACCUCCAGUGUUAAAGAAGAAGUUGCUAAUAUCCUCCAAUCUGCAAGUCCUGGGUUAACGGUGUCUAUAGAGCCUGGCUCAUACGAUGCUGAUUUAGGAUUUCUCUAGCACUGCAUCAGUGUGAGUGUGUUCUGUUGCUUCUUUUCAUCUCCAACUACUAAAAUCCUCAAUAUUAUUAUAAUCUUAAAUAUCCGUGUUCUAUUUGCUGUUAUGUGUCUCAGUGAUUUUUUAAUAAAUUAUUAUAAGCCCCACACAACGGGCCGGUUUUAUAAAACAAA